AUGUUUAAGCCCAUGUCCUGGAGACUUUAUUCGGACGAUUUGGAGGCUGAUCUUGCUCCAGAGCGUCUCGUAUCAGUAUCGGUAUUGGUAUCGGAACUACAAGAGCUGGAUCAGUGCAUCCCUAAUUUUGAGGAGCAGUUGUGCGACUCCAAACCUGGUCAAACAUUUCGUCUCCCGUCUUCGUCACAGAGUUCAGAAGAAACGUCUCUGACCCGAUCUCCGGCCUCUCCGGGGUCUCCAGGAAGCUCCGGGAAAAGAACAGACUUCAUAUUUCUGCCGGCGUCGAAGCAGCUCUACGACGAUGAGACCGCCUCCUCCGUGUUCGGGCUGCGCUCCAUCCUGAACGCGUCCCCCUGCGGAUCAGAGCGCCCCCUGCAGCUCUGGGGGACUCACAGCAGCUCCGGGCCUCCUCCUGUCGCAGAGAAACCGCGCUGGACCCACGGGCGAAGAACCCCCGCACAGUUCAUCCCCCUGGACAUCACAGGUGAAACAGGAGGAGGAGGAGGAGGAGGAGGAGGAGGGAGGUUCCACGGCGUCGACCUUCUUCAGCACUCCCCCUGCCCCUCCCCCGCAGAGCUGCCCCAUCAGCCGCGCUCUCUGGAGCCCGUGACAGACACUCUCCACCAGGGGGCGCCGCUGAGGAAGACGCACUCCGACCUGGAAGCCGCCCUGACUCCGGACCCUCCAGAGCAACGUCACUCGGACCUCUCCCCGGGAGCGAUGGACCAUUCUGGGCUUCUGUGCUCCUGGAACGGCCCCAAAGGCUCCACCUUUUCCCCCGGAGCCUGGAAUGAACCGUACAACCACCACAACCACAACUACCACAGCACCUCCACCAAGGGCCCCGCGGUGCCCCCAAAACAGCACACCGUGGUGGGAGGCUGCAUCCAGGCCCUUCCCCCCGAACCCAGAGCCCCGGUGGGCGCGAGGAGCGAGACCGAGGGGGGCGAGGCCAGCAGAGGGCGCCAGAGAUCCGCACGCUCCAUCGCAGCCGCUAAUGCGUUCAAAUUCAGAGAGAGGUCGCUGUCCACGCCCACCGAUUCCGACUCUUUUGGCUUUGAUGGACGUUUGCCGACAGGAAAUGGAACCAAUGACCAAAGACAUAACAACUACCUGGGCACGGGUGAGAACUACGCGUUACUGUACCCUAGUGGUAGCUCAGAGGACAGCGCGAGCACGACGGACACGAUUUCGGUCACGGCUUCGGAUUACAGCAACGAAAGCCGGUUAAGACUGCGCUCCCGAUCGAUCUCGCUGAAAAAGUCGAAACGGAAACCGCCUCCACCCGUGCGAAGCGUGUCGCUGAUGAAGAAUCUGGGCGAAGCGGAGGGUCGGGUGCAUCAGGGGAGGGGCCUGUACCGCGACGGGCGACCCAAGAGUCUGCACAUCCCCCGGGACCAGUACCACGACUUCCAACCCGACUUCCUGAUGCCGAACUCUGGGAGGAACUCGCGCGGAGACGGGGUGGAGGAGAGGAGGGUGGAAAGACCUCCGAGUCUGGAGAUACAAGCGCCUGACCAGGAGGGGGAGACAGAGUUCACCAACCACUGGCAGCUCGGAGAGUGGAAGAACAACAACGACCCCUACAGGUCUCUCUCCGGUUCGAGCACAGCCACUGGGACCACGGUUCUUGAAUGUAUGAAAGUCCGAGACAGCUCCGAGUCUCUCCGUGAGUCGCCUUCCACCUCCCGAGCUACUUCCCCCUUGCCGCUUGCCAUGGAAACCGACCACAAAGCCUCCUCUCCCUUCAGACCGCCGCACGGACUCAUGUCGCCCUCUAGUGGUUACUCUAGCCAAUCCGAGGCCCCUACACCAACCGUGCCGCACCAGCCGGGCACCGCGCACGCCACUGUCGCAGUAACGGGGUGUAAGCUCCGCCCCAAAAUCCCCGAAAGAAAGUCGUCUCUGCCUUCGCCAAAAGAUCCGGCUGCGCGGUCAAGACUGUCGUUCGAAAUGCCCGGGAACGCACACCUCGAGUUAUCUUCCCUCAAACCAAAGCAGAGAGCGAACCGUCGGCAUUCGGACACAUCAACGGCAGAAAAACCGGGAAAGAUCAGCCCGAGUUCUUCCCAGGCGCUUCCCGUGGUGACGCAAAACGAGCUGAAAACCAUUCGGCUCCGCUCGGUCUCACGUGGCGACUUGGAGGACUGUCCCGACGGCGCGUCCGAUACCAUAGAAGAGGAGCACGGGCGAGAUAUCGGCGAGAAUCCGAGUCCUCCGCCAACGUUGCCCAAACCCAGACCGCCAGUCGCCAUCAAACCGCCUUUGCCCAAACGCCCAAUGAACCUUCAGCUAAAGCCCCCCUCGCCAUCGUCCACGCCCCUGUCCAACGAUUCUCCGCCAGCAUCGCCCAUCGACCGCCCCGUCCCGCUCGGCAACAUCUACAAAGUCAUGAAAAAACCAAAACCUAAAAAAACUCCUCCGCAAGUCCCCGCAAGUCCAGACGUCAACUCCAACACUAUCCAGAACUACGAGACCCAGUUCAUGUCUCCCGCGUUGUUCGACUUGCCGCCUCUACCCGACCCCCAGCCUCUGCUCGAGGACCCGGGGCUUGAGCCGGAGUUCGACCCCGAUCCGGAACUACGUUUGGGGGAUGGAGGCUCGCUGCCAUCUCCCUGUAGCACCCAGGAAACUCCAGAGCUCCAGGACAAGAGCAGAACACUGCCUCCCAGAACCAACCGCUCCAGUGGGGCAGAGAUCCCAGACAGGAAGAAGCCCAAGGUCCCUCCUCCAGUCCCCAAGAAACCCAGAUGUGUAAUACCCACACCCACCCACGCCUCCAACGGGGGCAGUAGCGAGCGUCCCAGCACUCAAGGCGAAAGUCCCAUGGGUGCCCGGUGUCCUUUGGGCGCCCUCCCGCCUGACGACCGCCCAACCACCCCCCGUAUCCCCGAGCCUUUACCAACCACCCACCAAGUCCCAGACCCUGUACCCGAAGAGUAUCCACGGAGACCAGAGGAACAACCACACCCACUACAGCACCCAUGGGAGUACCCACUCAAAGAGCACCCGCACCCGCCCGAGGAGCACCCAGGAGAGGAGCAACCAUUGGAGGAGCACCCUGAAGAGCUGCAGGAGGACAGCUCCAAAGAGUCGUCUCUGCAGGACUCCUCUCUCUCGGAGGUGGACCACAAAAUGGCCGCCGUGGACAUCGGGGCGGACGAGACCACCGCGAGCGACGCCUCAGAGCUGCAGGUUUCAGAAGAAGCUGAAGACGUCCUGAGCUGCUCCACCCACACCACAGAAGACCUGUUCACCAUCAUACACAGGUCUAAGAGGAAGGUCCUGGGCCGUAAAGAGCCCUCAGACUCUUUCGGGAGUCGUCAGAACCUGUCGUCGCCGGUGAAGAACGCCCCCUGCGGCUCCGACCUGCGCAGCUACACCCUGAGCUCCAGCCAGCGCUCCACCUCCAGGAACGAGAACUUCAUGGCUCUGCUCCAGAAGAAAGGAAACAAGUCCUCCUCCUGCGGAACGCGUGUCUCCGCCAUGGAACUGCUCCGAAGCACAAACCCGCUAGCGCGCCGCGUCACCGAGUUCAGCGCGGCUAACGCUAACGACGACGCCAAGUCUGCAACCAGCAACUGCAACCAGUGAAGCGCCAGCGGCAACGAGGCUAACGAGGCAAACCGGGCUGCACAAUACGACCCCAGAGACACGGCGCCAUCUAGGGGGGGGACUGGUCGCUCCAACUCAUCACUGACCAUUUGUGACGUCCAAUCAGAAUGCAGAGUUUGGACAAAUGGUCACGUGGUUGGAGCAAAACGGUCCGAAAAAUGUCCAUACAGGAAAAGUAGAGCACCGGUAUUCCCACUUAUAUGGAGAAAGUAUGGAAGUUUGGAAAAUUAUCAAUGAAAAACAGCUUAAAGUGAUCUAUAUAUUGAUAAUUUUGUCGUCCCUGUAGCUAAUCGUGUCCUCUGCAUUUGACCCGUCCUUCAGUGUCUCUGGGUUAACCCCGUCAGGACCAGUGGGACCCAUCUCCAGAUCGUGAGCUAGGUCUGGAGCCGAUUUUGACCCGGAAUUGUGCAUGUUUUGGGUCGGAAAAACGGGAGUAGCCAGAGGAAAACCCACCCAGACACAGGGAGAACAAGCUAACUCCAACCGGGGACCUUCUCGCCGUAAGAUGGGGGACGCUAACCACUCUGCCACUGCAUCUGCAAACCAACAAAAUAAUUUUAAAACGGAAACUUAAACUUCGACCAAAUCGUCUUCAGUGCCAAGCGUUUCACGGAGUCUUACCGACCUAAAAAAACUGACCAAGGACCUUACGUGAAGUUAUAUUUUGGUUAUUUCUGCGCCAAAACAACAAAAACCGCGACUGACAAAACCCGGAUUUGCAAUUUCCGACAAAUUUUUGGUGAUUGUUUUCCACCAAAGACACAAAAUUUCAUGGAUUUUAAAUGAGACUGGACCGCAAAAGAAAAGCACUUUCAUUCCGUUUACACAACCCCUAAAAAAACGCGUCGAAAACGUUUAUUUCCGAGCAUUCUAGCGCCAUUUUGUUCGCGAAAUAUUAUUCUCGUUAUUUGUUUUUAUCGAAUGCAUCUUGUACAAAGUUUAACCGUAUCUUAACGCAUUUACGGAAGGGACGAGAAAUUGCUCUAAAUAUCAAAGGAGACCGACGUAAAAUAUAAAAACUUGUCAUGCAAAAUCUACGUUUAAAUGUUUAAAAUUGGAUCGUUCCUGUGGAGUUUCCGCGCAGAGGCAUGAAGCAGGUUCGGUUUAACAGGGUUUUCUACGGUCCCUCAUGACGGGACCCAAAGACUACGGCGUCUCGGAGGGGACAAAAAAGAGUGAGUGUUGAGUUUUCAAGAGGCGGAGGCGACGUUUCCAAAUGAGCAUGAUUUCAAAAUGCAUGUGUGUGUGUGUCCAUUUUACAC